AGAGCACCAAUCUUGCACUCUUGCUAGGAACCAGCCACUUUCUACUCUACCUCGCUCGGUCGGAAUACCGUUCAACCUCGCCCUUCAUGGCCUCUGUUGCUGCUCUUUUCGCAUUGGCCGGUUAUGCUGCUGGUGCCACCAUCACCACCAGCGAGCCUGCCGUUGCCGCCAUUGGAACCGCCCAAGCGACCACGGUCCCCCAGGUUUGGACCUCUAACAUCACAGGCAAGGCCUUUGACCGCUUCUACCAGAUCUGGCUGGAGAAUGUCGACUACAGUGCUGCUGCCGGUGACGACGACCAGCAGUGGCUGGCCAGCAAUGGUAUCUCGCUAACCAACUACUAUGGUGUUGGUCACCCCUCCGAACCCAACUACUGCGCUGCUGCCAGUGGAGACAACUACGGCAUGGAUAAUGACGACUUCCACAUCAUUCCCUCCAAUGUGUCGACCGUGGCCGACCUGUUGAACAUCAAGGGGAUCUCAUGGGGCGAGUAUCAACAGGCCCAGCCUUACGCUGGCUUCCAGGGCUACAACUACUCCAACCAGAAGACCUAUGCCAACGACUACGUGCGCAAACAUAACCCCCUAGUUCUUUUCGACCAGAUCUCCAGCAAUGAUACUGCUCUGCACCUGAUCAAGAACUUCACCGACUUCUACGAAGACCUCGACAAGAAGCAGCUCCCCCAGUGGGCCUUCAUCACCCCCAACAUGACCAACGAUGCCCACGAUACCAACGUCACCUUCGGCUCUCACUGGCUGCGCGGCUUCGUCACGGAACUUAUGAACAACACCUACUUCUGGGACAACACCCUACUGCUCCUGACCUUCGAUGAGUCUGAGACCUAUACCCUCCACAACCGCAUUUUCAGCAUCCUGCUAGGCGGUGCGGUCCCCAAGGACCUGGUCGGCACCAUGGACGAUACCGUCUACACCCACUACUCCAGCAUUGCCUCCGUCGAGGCCAACUGGGGUCUGCCUUCUCUUGGUCGAUGGGACUGUGGUGCUAACCUGUUCAAGCCCGUCGCCGAGGCGGUCGGGUAUAUUAACUGGGAUGUCGAUACCACGAACCUGUAUAUCAACGAGUCGCUACCCGGUCCCCUUGCCCAGGGGACUUACUCUAAGUACCGGUCGAACUGGCCCGUGCCCGCCACCGAAUACUCUUGCUCUGCCGGCCACGGUAUCCUCCAGUCCGUGAUCGACACUUAUAAGGGCCGUACCCCUACUUACAACUACACGGCGCCCUUCCCCUACGAUGCCGCCUACGGCCUGGACGCUGGUGUCACUUACUCCCGUAACGGCAAGACCUACAUCUCUGGUGUCAACACCACCGCUACCGCGGGUUAUGACAAGUCCACAAACACCGUCAGCUCUGCCGCUGCUUCCUCAAGCACCGGUGCUGCCUCCGCUCUGGCUAUCCCAGCUGCUGGUUUCCUGGCUGCCGUUUCCAGUGCUAUUCUCAAAUUCCUGUAA